AUGUAUCACUACAAAACUGAUGCUGUAUUCCUAAUAAUUCAUGAAGGAUGUGCCCUAGAAAUAUUGGGCCUUGAAGUGUCACCUUCAGUUGAAGUAUCACCUCCAGUGGAAGUGUCACCUCCAUCUGAAGUGUCUCCUCCAGUUGAAGUGUCGCCUCCAUCUGAAGUGUCUCCUCCAGUUGAAGUGUCACCUCCAUCUGAAGUGUCUCCUCCAGUUGAAGUGUCACCUCCAUCUGAAGUGUCUCCUCCAGUUGAAGUGUCACCUCCAGUUGAAGUGUCACCUCCAGUUGAAGUGUCACCUCCAGUGGCAGUGUCACCUCCAUCUGAAGUGUCUCCUUCGGUGGAAGUGUCACCUUCAUCUGAAGUGUCACCUCCAGUGGCAGUGUCUCCUCCAGUGCAGUGUCGCCUCCAACUGAAGUGUCUCCUCCAGUGGCAGUGUCUCCUCCACUGA